AUGGUGUACCAUCAGAGAAGAUCUCAAAUCACUGGCCAGUGUACGUGCUCCUCGACCUCACAAAACCAGGUCAUCGCCGAACUCCUCUUGAAAGAAGGUACUAACUGGUGCUUCAACCCACCGGCAGCUCCUCACAUGGGAGGAAAAUGGGAAGCAGCAGUGAAAUCUUUCAAAUAUCACCUCGCCCGGGCUACCAAGGAUCAGCCAUUCACCAUGGAAGAGCUGAUCACACUCCUCACACAGAUCGAAGCCAUCCUCAAUUCUAGACCUCUCGAACCGCUCAGCGAUGAUCCUGAAGACUGCUCCGCUCUCACACCAGGCCACUUCUUAAUAGGUACAGCUCUGAACACCGUACCUGAGCCAUCUCUCGAAGACCUCUCGACUUCUCGACUGUCAAGAUGGCAGUUAAUUCAGCAACGCACCCAGCAGUUCUGGUCCAAAUGGUCAACUCAAUUUCUACAACGUCAACUGUCCAUCUCAAAGUGGCACCAUCCAGCCCAUGACAUAAAGGUUGGGUCACUAGUACUCCUCACCGAUGAAAGAUUACCUCCAUGCAAGUGGCCAUUAGGGCGAGUAAUGGCUGUGCACCCAGGGACAGACGGCCUUGUUCGUGUCGUCGCUCUCAAGACCUCCACGUCCACUCUAACCAGACCGAUCUCGAAGUUGGCAAUCCUGCCAGUGUCCACUCCAGACGAAGCAAGAAAGAAUUUCAACCCCUCAAGUCUUCUCGAUAACUAA